CUGUUACGUAAUCCAUUAUUCUUUCGGUGUCUCCGCAUGCUGACGCUUUGAAGUGUCUUUACUUAUUUCUUUUAUCAGUUUUUAUAGCCCAAAAGUUCUUUCUGCGGCUAGUUUAUGGGUUUUAAGUGUAACCUCAACUUCAACCCUCUUUGAAUAUCCAAUGUGUGAUGAGUGUGUCUGUGCGUAUAUUAUUUUUUGGUCUAGCGAAAGAUCUCUCUGGUGAAAAGGAAACGCAGAUCAUCGUACCAUCUAGUGUAUCCCGCCAAGACCUCCUCAAAGACUUGGUGAGUAGAUUUUCUCUUCAGGCCAUCGAAAGCAUCAUUACUCUCGCAGUUAACGAAGAGUAUAUUCUUGAUGCUGAGGAAAUCAACUUGAAGAACGGAGAUCAGUUAGCCAUAAUCCCACCGCUUAGUGGAGGAUAGCAAUUGUAAUAUCCCUUCAGAAUCCAAACACGAUGGACCACGUUGAGUUGACACACUCAGCAAUUGAUGUUAAUCAGAUAAGCAAACUGAUUGGGUCAAAGAAUUGUGGUGCUCAGUCUAUUUUCAUUGGAACAACAAGGGAAGAUGGGGAUGAUGUCAAAGUUGAAAAAUUAGUCUAUGAAGCUUAUGAAUCAAUGGCA